CUUCCAAACACGUUCGGCAUUUAAACAUCUUCUGUGCUGAUGUGGCAGGCGCCUGUCCACUCUGCGUGAUAUCCACCACAUUCCUCUUUUUUUUCACCUAGAGACCUCUUCAAACUUAUACUUACUCGAUGAAUGAAGACAAUCCUUCUCGGAAGAAACGCUGGGGGUGGCUGAAGCAAAGCCAGUCAGACUCUCGAUUGGCAGAGCAGAGGAGGGCAGCCGUUCAGAAUCCGUCCUCUCUCCCGCCUGUGAUGAAUCACAGAGGACUCCCGGAAUUGGUUCCCAAGUUCUUGCGCAAGGUUACCGACCGUUCUGCUUCAAGCGCUCGACAGUCUUCGAACCUUGAAUCCACGGCUGCAAGUUCCAGCGCACAGGAUCUUCAACCUGUUCAGACAACCAAGGACCUUUCACCAUACACCGUUCUCAUUCACGAGCCAAAUCCCGAUCAGUCUUCCAAUUUAGGCGUUGCAGAGGCUGAACAACCUGAUUCGAAGUUCGUGGAAGGAAGAAUCGCCGAUGCCACCAAAGGUAUAGCAGGCAUGAAAAAUGUCUCAGGAAUGGUCCAAAACUUUGCUUCGGCAAGCAACGACAUGCAGUCCGUUCCCGAUACACUCGACACGUUUUCCAUCUCCAUCCCUAUGCAAAGAUGGCGUUGAGUAUCUUCACUUGUGCUGCCAAGAUGGUUCUCGAUCAAGCAAAACGCGAUGAUGAUGUUUCACGCCUGCUCACGAAGAUGUCGGAAGUCUAUGUUUUCAUCAAGGAAGACGAAGCAUUGGUCAAGAUUCAAUCCAUGCUAGCAAUAUAUGGCAAGAUUGCGCGACAGAUUCUGGAGUGCGCCGAUUUCAUUGUCCAUUACUCCGAGACGAAGAGUGCCUGGAAAAGACUUGGCAAACACAUCAGUGACGAAACAGACGCC